AUGGCUGAUGCUGGAGCCUCGCAGCCGCACGGCCCAGGGACCUCUCACCAGUCAUCCGUGAUGCCCGUUCCCCAAGUGCCUGCCUCCGCGACUCCUGGCCAGGUACCCAUCAUGAACGCACCUGCGCCUCUCCUUCGCCCAGCCCUUCCUGGUAGCCGCCCCGGCGGCUCUCGAACCCCGCGACUCGGUCUCGCCAUUCCGCCCUCCCCCAGCGUCAAGCCCGUCUCCCAAGGAGGCCAGCCAGCUCCUGGCCGACCACCCCUGCCGACGAUGAAUCUCGCUACACCGAUGGGCAGUCAGGUGACACCAUACGAACAAACCCCACGAUCCAACAACUGCGCUCAACCUGGACAGUCGGCCGGUGCGGGUAGCGAAAGUAGCGCUGCUCACUCGAGGUCCGGUAGCUUUGGCCCUCUCGACGGUAGAAAUAGCAACCCCACCUCUGCCGGCUCCCAGUUCUCUGCUCUCUCAUUUGCUUCGCAACUAUCCCAGUUCGGUAUCCCUGUUGGGCGUGCGCAAGGUACCCCAGAUCCCGUUUCCGCUGUUGGUUCCAUGUACUCAGAGAGGAGCGAAGGCGGCGUCACAAUGGAGAGAGAGGGCAGCCUGCAAGGCCUGGAGGCUUUUGAUAAACUCAGCCUUGAAAAGGCUAGAGUCGGAGACGUCGCGGACCUUGAUGACGAAGGCUGGCGAAUUGCCAGCAUGGAGAAGCGUAUAAUCGAAAUUGGAAACCUCGGAGAAGGUGCUGGUGGUGCUGUUACAAGGUGCAUGCUCAAAGGCGGCAAAACUGUAUUUGCCCUCAAGGUUAUUACCACAAACCCGGAUCCAGAUGUUAAGAAGCAAAUCGUCCGCGAAUUGGGGUUCAACAAGGAUUGUGCCUCAGAGCACAUUUGCCGCUAUUUUGGUGCAUUUGUUGACCCUUCCACAGCCACCAUAUCCAUAGCUAUGGAGUUUUGUGAGGGCGGUUCGCUGGACAGCAUUUACAAGGAGGUAAAGCGCCUUGGCGGGCGAACUGGGGAAAAGGUUCUCGGCAAGAUUGCUGAAGGUGUCCUCGGCGGUCUCACGUACUUGCACACCCGUCGCAUCAUCCACCGUGAUAUCAAGCCCUCGAAUAUCCUUUUGUGCCGUGACGGCGCUGUCAAGCUUUGCGACUUUGGAGUGUCAGGCGACUUUGGUACCAAGGGCGAGGCUAACACCUUCAUUGGCACCAGCUACUACAUGGCACCAGAGCGUAUCACUGGUCAAUCAUACACCAUCACAUCCGACGUCUGGUCAACAGGAGUUACCUUGCUCGAGGUUGCCCAGCAUCGGUUUCCUUUCCCAGCGGACGGCACUGAGAUGCAGCCCCGCGCGGGGCUUAUCGACCUGCUCACAUACAUUGUGAGACAGCCCGUGCCAAAGCUUAAGGACGAGCCUGAGAUGGACGUUUAUUGGAGCGACAACUUUAAAUACUUCAUUGAGUGCUGCCUUGAAAAGCAACCCAACCGCCGUGCAAGCCCAUGGAAGAUGCUGGAACAUCCCUGGAUGGUCGAGAUGAAGUCGAAGAGAGUCAACAUGGUCAAGUACCUGUCCUUUGUCUGGGGCUGGGACAGUGAAGGUACAUCGCAGGCGACCUGA